AUGAACUCGCCGACUCAUACUCUAGAUCCAGAUGGUGAAGUGAUCAUCAUAUUGCGCAAUGCGAACAGUCCGUUUGCACAAGUGGAUGAAAACCUAUCUACUGGUACGGACUCCAACACCUUUCCGUGGUUGUUUGGUAAUGUCCAAAGUUCUCAUGGGGUGACCGAUGUGUCGAGAUUCGCUAUUCAAGAGCCUAUUCAAGAACCUAUUCAAGAGCCUAUUCAAGAGCCUGAGCUGAGUCCGAAGGAAAAGAGGAGGAAAAGGAAGAAGGAAAAGAAAAGUAAGUCUGGCGUGAAUCCGAGUGCUCUUGAGUUCCUUUUGCUAAAUGAAGAGCUCAUUUUUGAAGAGGCUGCUGCUGAAGAACACCCCGCCGAUAUGCCCGCUGUUGACGAGGCUGCUGCUGAAGAAUACGCCACUGCGCCUGCUGUUGACGAGGCUGCUGCUGAAGAAUACGCCACUGCGCCUGCUGUUGAAGAGGCUGCUGCUGAAGAAUACGCCACUGCGCCUGCUGUUGACGAGGCUGCUGCUGAAGAAUACGCCGCUGCGCCUGCUGUUGACGAGGCUGCUGCUGAAGAAUACGCCACUGCGCCUGCUGUUGACGAGGCUGCUGCUGAAGAAUACGCCACUGCGCCUGCUGUUGACGAGGCUGCUGCUGAAGAAUACGCCACUGCGCCUGCUGUUGACGAGGCUGCUGCUGAAGAAUACGCCGCUGCGCCUGCUGUUGACGAGGCUGCUGCUGAAGAAUACGCCACUGCGCCUGCUGUUGACGAGGCUGCUGCUGAAGAAUACGCCACUGCGCCUGCUGUUGAAGAGGCUGCUGCUGAAGAAUACGCCACUGCGCCUGCUGUUGACGAGGCUGCUGCUGAAGAAUACGCCGCUGCGCCUGCUGUUGACGAGGCUGCUGCUGAAGAAUACGCCGCUGCGCCUGCUGUUGACGAGGCUGCUGCUGAAGAACACCCCGCCGCUGCGCCCGCUGAAGAGGAUUUUGCUAAAUCAGCGGUCAGCAGUUGCUUACGUAUUCAAGUGUCUGCGAAACAUUUGAUGCUUGCCUCUUCAGUUUUUAAAAAAAUAUUGACCGGUGGCUGGAAAGAAAGCAUAACCUACUUUCAAAAAGGUUCAGUUGAGGUCACUGCAGAAAGCUGGGAUAUUGAAGCACUCAUGAUUCUUCUUCGGGCUAUUCAUGGUCAAUACUAUCUUAUACCCAGAAGACUGACCGUGGAAAUGCUCGCCAAAGUUGCUGUUAUAGCAGAUUACUAUGACUGCAAGGAGGCUUUGCACUUCCUGAAAGAUAUGUGGAUCACGAACGCAGAAGAGGAUGUUCCUACAACGGCUUCUCGGGAUUUGAUUUUAUGGCUAUGGAUCGCCUGGUUUUUUCAACUCCCCUCCCAAUUCAAAUCAUCAACGUCUAUUGCUAUGUCCCAGAGCAAAGGUUUGAUCGAUACCCUGGGACUUCCGGUUCCAGACAAUAUCAUAGGGUGGUAUGAUUCCCCGAGAUAUUCGAGCUAUGGCAACAGUGCCCUGCACCGCUGCUCCGAUGCCUCCUUCACAUCCGUAUUCGGGAAACUGAAAGAUUCUCUUGAGGGGCUGGAACUGAAUCGGUUCACUGUUGGACAAUUUGAGAUCCCUGAGGUGCCUUCGAAGGGAUCCUUUCACUUUGGAUAG